AAUAAUCUAAUCUCAAGAGCAUCUGGCAGUAUAUAAGUGUAUUAAAUAUGUUGCUGGUUUCUAGUCACCCCAAAGAUAUAGAUUAACAGUGAUGUACAACGUACUGUUGGUAUUUCCGCUUAUUUUGACGGUUUCGAGUUUCGCGGCCGCAGAAAGCAACCUAACAUUUCCCGAUGACUUCUUGUUCGGCGUCGCUACAGCGGCCUACCAGAUUGAAGGGGCCUGGAACGAAGAUGGGAAAGGUGAAAACAUCUGGGACCAUUUCGUCCAUAACAACGCCUCAGUAAUUAAAAACAAUGACAACGGGGAUGUCGCCUGUGACUCAUACCACAAGUAUGAGGAAGAUGUCGCUCUUGCGAAAGAGCUUGGUCUCAACCAUUAUAGGUUUUCCGUUUCUUGGUCAAGAAUAUUACCUACUGGUUAUGCUGAUGAAACAAACGUCAAAGGGAUUAUGUACUACCAAAAUUUGGUAAACGAAAUAGUGAAACAGGGCAUGAUACCUGUUGCCACCUUGUACCAUUGGGAUCUUCCCCAACCCUUGCAGGAUAUCGGGGGAUGGACGAACCCAGAACUGGUCCACCACUUCGUCAAUUAUUCUCGAAUAGUAAUAGAGGGCUUGAACCAAGUUGGUUACUGGAUAACUAUCAACGAACCAAAGCAAAUCUGCCGACGAGGUUACGGUGAAGGGGCCUUUGCUCCUGGUAUAGCCCUAGAUGGUAUUGGCGAAUAUUUGUGUGCCUAUGUCGUGGCAAAAGCACACGCUGCUGUGUACCACAUGUAUAAAAAUGAAUUUCCAGAUUUAAAAGCUAAAAUGUCAAUAACUAUUGAUGGUGAAUGGUCGGAAGCAGCUAGUGAGAACAAAAAUGAUAUAGAAGCUGCAGAAAGAAGGAAUCAGUUUGAGUUUGGAUUAUACGCUAAUCCGAUUUUCAAUGGAAACUGGCCUCAGGUGGUAAUAGAUCGAGUAAAGUAUCGCAGUGAAAAUGGGAAUUACUCCAAAUCACGCCUUCCCCAGUUCACCGAAGAGGAAGUCGCGUAUAUCAACGGCUCCUUUGAUUUCAUGGGUUUCAACACGUACUGGACUUUCCUCGUUGCUGAUGCCGAUGAGGCUGAUUUUGCCGAGACAAGCUAUGCAAACGACAUCAGGGCCACCAUAUCUAAAGAUUCCUCGUGGCCUGUAGCACCAAAUGGGAACACGAUUGUGCCUUGGGGAGCUAGAAAAUUUUUAAAGUGGGUAAAAGAUACAUACAACAACCCUGAAAUUUUCAUCACGGAAAAUGGCGUCGCUGAUGAUGGCAGUACUUUGGAAGACGACGACAGGGUCAGCUUUUAUCAGGACUAUCUUAAAGCAGUACUUGAUGCAAUGUAUGAGGAUGAAGUAAAAAUAUUUGGGUACACUGCAUGGAGUUUGAUUGAUAAUUUCGAAUGGACUGAUGGAUAUAGUGCUCGUUUUGGACUUUACCACGUAAACUUUACCGAUCCGGAUAGAAAAAGGACAGCAAAAAAAUCGGCGAGCUUCUACAAAGAUGUAGUUAACACUCAUAAACUACCAGAAAUUCCAACAACUACUUCCAUUCCUGUUCCUACCACUGACAGUACUACAAUUGAAAAAUCUACCACUGACAGUAUCACAACAGAAGAACCUACCACUGACGGUAGUUCAACUAUCGAAGAAUCUACCACAGAUACUCCUACAAGCGCUUCUCCACCAGAAACUAGCACUCAUGGUUCUGCUAAUGGAAUAUUUAGUUCUAAUACCUUAUUAUUAGUUCUAAGCUUUUUAUUUAUGUGUGCCAAGUUAACGUAAAUUUUUUGGUGUCGCUUCGAAUAACAUAAUAUCCUUUAAAUAGCCUUCCGAAGUGGUUUAAAAGCUCUAUUGCUAUUUUAAUAUUUUAUUUUGUCCUACUGUUAUUGUUAUUUAAUUAUUAUUUGCCAAAAAUUUAAAGAAAACUUGUUUGUCUACAUUUAAGUAAAGAAAAAAAAACUUGUUUAAAAAAAUAAGAGAAGUACUAUUUUAUUCCUAAAUAUUCGCUUCUUUUCAUUUAGGUAAUUAAAAU